AUGGUGCCUUUAGCAGAAAAACUGAAUUUUAACAACCUUAAUGUGGAAUUGAUGAAAUAUUUGGCCAGACUUCAAGGAGCAGAUGAACACGGCGGUAUCCGAACGAAUACCACAAUUUGCCUAGGAAAAAUUGCGAGUUACCUGGACCCAUCAAAGCGACAAAUGAUUCUUUUAAGCGCCUUCGCAAGAGGAAUGAAGGAUCCGUUCCCUCCUUCUCGACUGGCCGCUGUCCUAGCUUUAUCAGCCACUCAACAGUUCUACACACUUGUUGAAGUUGCUAAUCGUGUACUGCCCGCUCUUGCGCCGUUGACAUGUGAUCCAGAGAAACAGGUCCGGGAUCAAGCAUUCAAGGCCAUCAAAGGCUUCAUGGAGAAUUUGGAGAAGGCGAGCGAACACCCAGAAUUGAUACCAGAAAUCGAGUCACAAGUGAAAGCUGGUGGUCGGUCAUUACUCAACAGUGACAAGGUUCCUCAAUGGGCGAGUUGGGCCCUGAAAUCACUCUCUGGAAAAUUCUACAAAGGAAACCCACCACCAGAAAAUCGUCCAGCUGCUUCUCCAGCUCCAGAUUCAAACACUACUUCCAGGGACUGCAGACCGGCCAGCAGGUCAGUUGAGAUUUGGCGGGAUGCAUCAGCGGAAACCAAGAAGCCUAUUCAACCAGAGCCAUCACCUGAUGUUGAUGGUUGGGGUGAACUGGAGGAUACUGCGGACAUAGGUUCGAUUGAUGAAUGGGCAGAUGCCAUGGAGCCACCAGUUCCUUUGAAAAUGGAUGAUGAUGAAGACUGGACAGGCGGUUGGGAAGCUCUUAAGCCUACUACGAUCUCUCCUACUCCUCCAACGCUACAAAAGCCUUCUCCAACAUUCGGCUCGCCAAUGGUUGCUAUCGAUCCUCCACCGAAGCGAGUUGUUCCAGAAAAGAAGACGACAGGAGGUUUGAAGUUGGCCCCCUCAAAGCCGAAAGCUGCAGCAGUUGACGAUAUUGACUCUUUACUUGGAAUCAAACCUACCAGUGGAACCGGCUCACCAAGUCUGACAGCAAAGAGCACGAGCUCAACGUUAACCGGCUGGGGAGAUUUUGGCGGUGGAAGUCGUAACAAACAGGACGACUGGGGAGCCGAUUUGACAGCACUAGCAAAACCUCUGGCCUUGGCAAGUCUUGGACCGAAUAAAGACAAA